GUUCUUUCGACAGAACUUGCUGAAAGUUCAAUAAUAAGAGAAAAAAAUGUUGGAGAGUAAAAUGAGCACAGUUCACCUCUUGAUUUGGAGACAGUUUUCACAUGCACAGCACUCGGUUUGCAGACGCGUAGGCUGGAAGAACCCUCAACCAGCUAACCACCCUGCUCUCCUCCCUGAGCUCCGCGCUGAUUGGCCGGGGUCGAGUAAAGGCGGAAGUCUACAGAGCAGGGGGAUUCCCCGAGGGAAGUUCCCAAAUCAACUAGGCUAUGUAAAACAUACAUUGCCAUAUCCUCUCCGGUGCUUCGUAACUUCGCAUUUGAAGAUUAGGCGACGACGCUGCGGUGGUGUCAAAACAAUAAAUUCGACUUUAGCUGUUACUCGAAUGAAGUUGCCUGAACGUCAGUGCAGACACUGGACAAGAAGAGACAGAAAUGUGAGAGCACUCCAGGUCAGUAGUCUUAUAUUUGUUGUGCAAGAUAUUGCAAAUGCAUUGAGUAACUUCAUGUACUUGUCUUUACUUUUCAGUAGCACAUUUGCUCACCAACAUCUUCAGCACACCAUUUCAUACAGAGCUAGAGCAAGGGCUCAUGUCUGCUGUGUCAGUGAUGAUUGUGGAGCACACGGCAUGGAAAGGAACAUCGGAGACCAGCUCAACAAAGCUUUUGAAGCUUAUCGCCAGGUCUCCAUUGAAAAAGACAAUGCUAAGAAGGAGCUGCAGAAAAUGACCGAAUAUUAUGAGGGGUACACUCGAACACUUCAAAAGCAGAUAGACGACCAGCAACAGUUGAUUUCAAAACUUCAAGCUAAGUUGUCAGCAACAAGGCAGCCAUCAGGAGAGAUGAAAUGUGAGCCUUGCAACCAUCUCCUUGAUGGGGCCGGUGCUUAUAGGAUAAAACAGUACCCGGAGAAUAUGGACCCUGUUGAUGUUGCUCCUAAUUUGCCAGUUAACAGCAGCGUUGACUACCAGGACAUGCUGGAUGUAUUUGAAGCAAUUCAAGGGAAAUUCCGGCAGAUUCGAUCUUUAACGCAAAGACAAAAAGAUCACCUGAAAAGAUUCCAUGGAGGAAAUGAUGCAUCAAGCGAUCAGCGUUUCUCCAUGCCUAUCCAGUGCACAGACCGUACAGCAGAGGCAGAGAGACCCUUCUCCUCAGUGCUAAGGUCAGCGGUGGAUAUCCCGCUCCCACCCACGUCCCUGGCGUCCCGUGGUGCCAGCCCUGAGGACAGGGACUUAGUAGACUCUCUCACCAAACUCAGUGUCAAAUUCCCGCCCUCUGCGGACAGUGAAUAUGACUUCCUGAACAGUACUCCAGAGAGACACAUUGGUCUCACCAUGCCCAUGAAGCUGCCUCUCAGUAACGUCCCCUCCACAAUGACAGAGGAGGAGCCCGUGGAACUGCCCAUGCCUUUUGUCUACCCUACAUCCCCCUCCCACUCAACAUCAUCUUCACUCUCUCAGGAGAAUGUGCGGGGACCCCAGCAGCCUCUCUGGAGCCCUGAGCUGUGUGAUGCAGUUGACGUGGGGACAGAGCUGGCGACGCCUCAGAGCAGCAGUCCUGAUAAAUGUGCUUUCUGCAACGCUGUUGUUCCUCAGGACCGAAUGAACAGCCACCUCUACUCGCAUUUCUCUCAUAAGAAUGAAGGCGACAAUUGACAGUGGAAGCAGAGACUGACAGGCCAAGGCCUCAACUACUCCAAGACUUUACUGUAUUCAUGGUCUGUCAUGAUCCAUGCCGGAAGUACAUGCGCUGUACUGGAUUUGAAAUGACACUGCAAUAAGACUUGAAUCCAUUUAUUUAAUAUUGAAGAAUUGAGUGGUACAACUCUCUGCUGCCCAUUAUAUUUUUCUAAUAUCACGCUGAGAUUUUACUAUAGUAAGUGACGAUGAUGCAUAAUAUGAUAUAUAUGAGCAAAUAAAGCCAACAUUUACUCUUGCAA